UACUACGGCCAAGUGUUAUAACUGGUAUCAUGUCAGGCAGACGUGCUUUACAUUUUGUUUUCAAAAUUGGAGAUCGAGCUCGGACAGUAAUGUUUUACAGGGAUGUGUUGGGCAUGAAAAUUCUCAGACAUGAAGAAUUUGAAGAAGGUUGUAAAGCUUCCUGUAACGGACCAUACGAUGGAAAAUGGAGUAAAACUAUGGUAGGCUAUGGGCCAGAAGACAAUCAUUUUGUUGCAGAACUGACCUAUAACUAUGGAGUUGGAGAAUACCGGCUUGGAACUGACUUCUUGGGUAUUACUGUUCAGUCAUCAAAUGCAGUCAGCAAUGCAAAACGACUACACUGGCCCAUAAAAGAAGUCUCUGCGGGAAUAUUCCAAACCGAGGCUCCAGGAGGCUACAGAUUCUACCUGCUGGAGGAAGAGCAACUGGAAACUGAUCCAGUUCAGAAGGUGACCCUUGCUGUGUCUGACCUUGAACGUUCAGUCAGUUAUUGGUCUGAACUGCUGGGAAUGAAGGUGUAUGAGAAGGAUGAAGCAAAGAAACGAGCUGUACUGGGAUAUUCUGAUAAUCAAUGUAGACUGGAGCUACAGGACAUAGGUGAACCCGUGGAUCAUGGAACAGCUUUUGGAAGGAUCGCUUUCUCCUGCCCAAGGGAACAGCUACCAGCUAUUGAAUCACUGAUGAAAAAGGAAAAACAGAAGAUCUUAACCCCACUAGUUAGCUUGGACACUCCAGGAAAAGCAACUGUGGAAGUUGUCAUAUUGGCAGACCCUGAUGGCCAUGAGAUUUGUUUUGUAGGAGAUGAAGCAUUUCGGGAGCUUUCCAAAGUGGAUCCUUUAGGAAAUAAACUCUUGGAUGAUGCCAUUGCAUCUGACAAGAGUGAGGAAUGGUUUGCCAAGCAUAAUAUGCAGAAGGCAUCAGCAUAGAAGUGAUAGAUUUUUUUUGCUUACAUUAAGCAGUAUUUUCUUCCUAAACUACUGAAACUUUUCAAGUACAAAUGUGCUAUUUGUUAUAAUAAAGUUCAUUCACUCAAGUGCGAUAAUGUUACUCAGAAGUAUAUGUUGAAAGUGACCAAUCUUUAUGAUGCUCAAUAUGUAAUUUGUGUUGAUGUAGAUUGUUAAUAUGUAAGCAGCAGUCCACAACAUAGCAUAUGUUUGUGUGUUGAUUAAUCAACACCAUAUGCUGUUUUGCCCCGAGUUCUGAGGGUAUUGAUUAAAUGUAGACACACCUACAACAUGGAGUAGUUUACUACUCUUAAAGGGGGCAUUAUUAUAAAGAUGCACAGCUUGUAACAAACUGUUUUGUAUGUUUGUUUUUUGAAGAACUAGCAGGCAUUUUCUUCCAUGUAGAAAAUUAGCAUCAAAGAAACAAUUGAGCAUUCAUUGCUUUACCAAAGACAAUAAAGUCUUAAAAAAUAAACAAAGAUUUUUCACUAAAA